GAUUUCAGAAUAGUACAGUAAAGUAGCAAAUGUGAAAAUUGUCGCACGUGAAAUAUUAGUAAAUUUGGUGAUACAAUUGAUGUCGGACGUAUUUUCGAUAUUACUUUUUAAUCUCUCCAGCCAUAUACAUUUCAAAAGAAAAAAUUGAAAUUUGUGUUCUAAAAUAAUUCGCUUUGUAAACUCGGCCAGUGCAAGCUCUUGAGCGUUGCAAUAUGGCGUUCUCUACGCAGAAAGAAUUCUUUCAUGUGCCUUUUAUGAACGAGACGCUUGAUUUUGAAUGCCAGAAAGCAUGCGUCAAGUUAAAAACUUAUCCAUCUACAUUCGAUGAUCGUUCUUGGGCAGCCGACGAGGACAAAAAGUCUCGUUUUGUCGCCGAUCUGGUGGCUUGCAAUACACCCUUUAUGUGGCGCCCUGAUGAUGGAGAUGGUGAUGGGCAAACUGGCAGCAAAGCAGGAAAACCGAGUCAAAAGGGGCAGGACUCUAGUAAGGGUACGCACAGCACAGGUCCGAGUCAAGGAGGUUCCGGGGGAAUAGGUACAGAUCAGGAUCAGGGAGAUUUUGGAGAGGGUCGGGAACCUGACCAACCCACAAGUAUGGGUGAGGGACCGUCUGAAGAUACCGAUCUGUUAGCUUCAGAAGGAGAACCAAUAGGGCAGGACUCCCAGGGAAACGAUCCGGAAGCCCAAAAAGCAACUGAUGACAAAGAUAAUGAAGGAAGAGGUGGAUCAAGUCAUGGAAAAGACGGAGAAUCCGAAAAUGAUCAUCCAUCUGCGGCAGCAAGAGGAUUACAGCCUGAUCAGGAGGGUAAAGGUAAAGGCGGUGCAAAAUCACGACCUUGUGGACCGGAUCGCUGUAAGGGUCCAUGUACUGCAGACACUUGCCGCGGUUCGGGUGCUCCUGGUGAACGAGGUGGCCCACGACCUGAUCAGGACGGUAGAGGAUCUGACGAUUACGGUAGCGGAGGUCCGGCUGUAAGACCUGGCGAUCGUGGCGCGGAGGGAACUAGAGAUCGUGGUCGAGGUCCGUCAGACGCACCUUGUAGUUGCUCUAAGCAGCGGUAUGGUCCUGGUGGUCCAGGUCCAGGAGGCCCAGGAGGGCCAGGAGGUCCCGGAAGACCACCUGGUGGUCCGGGCCCUGGAGGCUAUGGAGGUCCUGGUGGACCACCCGGUGGCUCGGGCCCCGGCGGCUAUGGUGGCGGUGGUCCUGGUGGUCCUGGUGGUCCCGGUGGACCCGGUGGUUCGUGUCCAUGUUCGGGAGGCUCUAGGGGCCCACCUGGUGGACCACCCGGUGGACCACCUGGCCCUGGAGGUCCUGGCAGGAAUCGGCCUGAGGAUGAUGAUUUAACAGGCGACAGUCUUCUAGUCGCUGCGAACGAUACUAUCGAAACCAUGAAAAAUGCAAUGGUUAGCAACAAAAUAAUAGAUAGGGAUCCAACUGAUCCUAAGACUACUCCUCCAAUGAAAAAUGCAGAAAUCCAACGAAUAAUGCAACAACGUUAUGAUCCUGAAAUAAGCAAAGCGUUUGAUAACAAAAUUAGAGAGCUGUCAGAUGCUAAAAAGAUAAAUAGUGCCGAUGAAAGAGAUCUGCGGGAUAUCCAAAGGGCUAUCGACGAUAUGAAUAAGUCUCAUGACAUAUUAGAAGCUGAAAAUGGUAAUCUUAGAAGAAUACUUGAAAAGCAGUCAAGGCGUGCGGCGAUGGAUAGCAUCAAAAUUGAUCCAGAAAGAAACAGCGAUGUCCAAUAUUUACAAAAUAAGAUAAACAAUUUAGGCAAGGAGUUGGCUAUACUGCGGCAAGCUGAGGACGAAUUUACAAGAUCUGGGGCACAACGCGGUGGCAAUCCUUGUAACGAUGCAAACAGUGAUGCCAAUAGACUUCAAAUCAUGUUGGCUGACCGUGAGUCUCUCCGCAAAAAGAUCAAGGCCUUGGGAUCGCUCAACGAUUUGUCUAGGGCUGCACAAAAGAAGGCUAGAGAGAGUGCUGAGCUAACUAAAACCGUCAACAACCAAAAGCGUUGUAUAUGUGACAUGGAGAAUGAUAUUCAUGAAAUGCAGCAGUACUAUGAACAUGAGGUCGAAAAAACCAAAUACAAUGAGGAAGUACUUAAGUGUCGCUGCAAAGAGCUCCAACAACAAGUGGUCACUCUCCAACCGGCGAUGCAGCGAGCGGACACUAUGCAAAUGGAAAUCGAUGUUCUAAGAAGUGAGCUGCGAAAACGUGAUUUGGCACUAAACGCCUACGAUUGCCAAUAUCAGCAACUAAUGCAUAAAACUAAAGCGUUCAAGAAAUCUGGGUACCGUUACCUAGACGAACUAAUAGAAAAUUGCAAUGAUAGUUGUUUCAAUGAGACUGGGAGAGAGGAUAAUGGAGAUAUUACAUGUUGACGCCGUAUCAUAUAAUUUUACGUUCUGCCCCAUACGACAAUUCAUGCUUAAAUUCUGUAGUAUAUUUAAAAAUUGAGAGUGCAUAUAAUGAAAUAGAUACA